AUGGCCUUCAACUAUACCUUUACCAACUAUGCUACAACUGACAAGAAAAGCUAUGAGAGAUGUAUGAAUGAGUUUACAGGUGUAGAACUUAAUCAUGCUCUCAAUUAUUUUAAAGAUCACCAAGUUACCAACCAGGUCGUAUGUAUUUUGCUCGCAUUCAUUAAACAUCAAGAUGAUAGCUUCCCUUUUGUAUACAGAGAGUAUCCUCGCCACAAAAAUUUAACUUUAUUAUGUCUUGAAAAAAAAUGGGAACAAUAUGGAUAUAUUUUUUCAAAUGUGGUGUAUAAAAAGUUUAAAUCAGAGAAAAAUAUACCAAAUGCUGAUAUAAAUGACUACUACAACUGUACCACUUUCCAAUCAAGACUUGAAUUAUUCCGAAAUCUUGAUGACAACGUUGUAACCAUCAUUUCAUAUGAAGAUAGUCAAAAUUAUAUGAGCAAUUCAUUCUAUAUUACAGUGAAAAAAAAUAAUCAAAAAUAUGAAUUACAAAAUGUGUAUCAUAUUAUUAAUCAAACUAUUAAUACAUACACAUACGACGAUAUAUAUGAAAAAAUCAUUAAAGGUAGCAAAAAACUUCAAGCCAAAGAUACAGAAACAGGCGAUUCACCAGUAUCAUCUGAUACAAUCACCCAAAAUAACUCUGAUGAGUCGAACGAAUCUGCAGAUACUGCCGGAACUAAUAAUGAGGACUCUACAGCACUUGCAGAUGUUUCAGAAACUAAUACUGAUGAGUUGUACGCAUAUUUUGAUAACUUUUUUGAAAUCACGCCAGAUGAAAGCCCCUUUUAA